AUGGGGAGUGAUGUAGUGUGUGAAGUGGAUAGGUUUAAGUACUUAGGAUGGGUGGUACAAAACAAAAGUGGUUUUGAAGAUGAAGUCAGAAACAAGAUUAUGUGUGGAUGGAUGAAGUGGAGAGAUGCAUCAGGUAUUUUGUGUAACGAUAGUAUGCCAUUAAGAGUAAAAGGUAGAUUUUAUAACGCAGUUGUGAAGCUAGUAAUUUUGUAUGGAUCGGAAUGUUGGGUAGUGGACAAUAAAACAGAGCAGAGAAUGAGUCGUGAGUGUAGCAGAUAUGAUAAUGCUAAGGUAGUUAGGAUGUGUGGAUGUGUUUUGUGA